AAAAUAUUACGCUCAUACACAACUUAACGUUUGGAGGAGGUUUAAACAUCCAAAGGAAGGUCGAUGAACCGCGAAUGAACAAUUGAAUAUUUCCUACCUUACCUUAUUUCAGCUUAUGAUAAUUUUUUAUUUUUUUUCAAACACAAAUUUUUAAAUUCAUUUAUCGGGAAAGUUGUAUCUAGAACUUAUAAUGUUUGGCCAUAUUAAAUUUUCUGAUUUAUCAAGACUUGGAAAAGCAGUUGUUCAGGUUUCAAAGCUUUCAACUUCAUCAAAAGCCUCAAAAUAUUUUUCAUUAUCUUGGCUAUCUGCAAGUGCUUUAGCAACCAGUGCUUUAGGACUUGGUUAUACUUUGUAUCAACUCCCUCUUGGAGCAGAAGCACUGAGUUUGCAUCCUCCAAAACAUAGGUGGUCACAUAGUGGUCUUCUAGACUCAUUGGAUCAUGCAAGUAUUCGUCGAGGUUAUCAAGUAUACAAACAAGUGUGUGUAGCUUGUCAUAGUAUGGAUCAAAUAGCAUUCAGAAAUUUAGUUGGUGUAUCUCAUACAGAAGAGGAGGUUAUUGAGCUUGCAUCCCAAGUUCAAGUAACUGAUGGUCCAAAUGAAAAGGGUGAUAUGUUUUUACGACCUGGUAAACUUUUUGAUUAUUUCCCAAAGCCUUAUAGAAACGAAGAAGAAGCAAGAGCUGCAAAUAAUGGUGCAUAUCCCCCUGAUUUAAGUUGGAUUGUACCUGCAAGACAUGGUUGUGAGGAUUAUAUAUUUGCAUUACUGACUGGUUACAGAGAAGAACCUCCAGCUGGUGUUAAAUUGCAAGAGGGGAUGAGCUAUAAUGUUUAUUUUCCAGGACAAGCUAUUGCAAUGCCACAGCAGUUAUAUCCUGGAGUAAUGGAGUAUGAUGAUGGUACUCCUGCAACAGUUAGUCAGAUGGCAAAAGAUGUUUCAACAUUUUUGAAGUGGGCAUCUGAACCAGAACAUGACACGAAAAAGAGAAUGGGAAUGAAGGCAUUGGUAAUUUGUGGGGCAAUGAUUCUUAUCUCGCUGUAUGUUAAACGACACAAAUGGAGCGUUUUAAAAUCUCGCAAACUAGUUUACCACUCUCCAGCUCGUUGAAAAAAUAUAUGUAUAGAAAAAUAUCUCAAAUUGUACUUUUCAUGUGUUUAAAAAAAAAAGUAUUCUACCUUUGUUUAUUUUUAUUUUAUUUUUUUAUCUAUUUUUAAUUUUUUU